UAGUGAGAUCGUGAGCUAUCGAUCGAUCACUUGUACGUUCACCAAUGCAAUCCCAGAAUCUACGGUAAUAUGUACCAACCAAGCUCCGUGUUCUUGGACAAUUCUGUCAGCGCUUGGUUACAUACAAACGUACGGUGUUUGGGCGUAGAUAGAUAUUGAACAUUACUGGGAAGUUUGAGGUUGAGGAUUUGCAUAGCCACCUCACCAACGUCGAACCUUUCAACCUGUCUAUUCGUCUAUUCCACACACAUGGAGUGGACUCCAAGUCCGUUCAACCUGUUAGAUGGUAAUCCGUUCCAAUAUUCGGACCACACCAUCUCUACUAUAUCAGGAACGGAAGCCUUCAAAAGCGGGAUUCAGACACGGGGUGCGGACUUGUGUGUCAUUUGUGGUUUUUCCCAACCACGAAGUUUGUAUUAUUGUCACAUAAUCCCGAGGGUAGAAUGCGACACAUGGCAGGCAAUGAAGGACUCUGGUUUCGUGCCAGCAGCAGCAAAGAGUGUGAUGCAUGAGGCGCGAAACGGUAUCCGGCUUUGCGCGACCCACCGUGCCUACUUUGAUACGCAUUGCUUUUAUAUACGCUGGAUCCCUGAGCGAAGGCGCUUCGUUUUUAUUAACCACUCUCAAUCGGAGGAGUUGGAAGUCUAUCAUGGCCGAGCGAUAAAUCUCCCCGAAUACGACGAUCGAUUGCCAUUUCACGGUGCAUUUCUUUUUCAUGAAAUGCGGGUGCGUGGUCACUGGCCACUGUACGAGGAUCGAGCUAUCCCUCUACCUAUCUCUUGGGUGCAUUGGAUUGAUGAGGGUGGCAAUCGUGGUCAUAGUCGUCGUCGUCGUCGUGGUCCCGAUGGUCGCGGUCAUCGCGGUCGUGCCCGUAGUCGUAGUCAUCGUAGUCGCGCCCGUAGUCGUGGUCGUGGUCGCGGUCGUGGCGGCGAUGGCUACAAUCAAGAUCCUUCCGCACUCGAAGCACUGAAAAAGUCCUUUGCGGAACAACCCAAUUGGAGAGCAUCGGUGAUGGAGGGUACGAGUUGGGAAGGUAGUGCGAAUGAGAAUGCUGCCAAGUGGCGCAAACUCAAUCGUAUUGAUCCCUAACGAUUGUUGUUUGUUGAAAUUCGUGAUCGUGAUCAGUACUUCAACUUCCGCCCCAGUGUGCUCGCGUCCCCCCCCUCCUCGACUGGACCUAAUGAUCGGCUCAGUGGUGACCACAUCGCAGAGUAGGCUGGGGGAAGGGAUCUGGAUGCAUAA